CACGUUUCAACACAGAGACAUGUCCCUGACAGAUUCUUGACUCGUCUAGUCAGUAGGUCUUCCGACCUUCCUCCUACAUUUGACUGCUCUCGCCCAAGCCUAUGCGGCCACCGCCAGAAUGGGUAUUAUGGGAGGUCACUUUGUUGACAUGUUCGAGACGAGAGACGAAUGGUUCAAUCUACGAAUGCUACCGUUUAUUCUGGUCUGGGUUAUUUUCGCAAUCGUCGUUUUGAUAUGGCUCUUCAUUACGCUCUUCGUUCCGAACCCUCGGCCACCCUUCCCGCAAGAAAAGCAAUUCACGACGGUCGAUAAGACGGGCGACUUGACCGACCCAGAACCCUUGCCUUGCUGGUACGAGGACAUCAUACGCCGCUAUUCCCAGGCUCGGCGAGAAGACCCAGAUCGCAAAAUCGAGGUUGAAAAGGACAUCACAAUCGAGCCGGCUGAAGUAUUCAUGACACUGGUUGUGCCGGCAUUCAACGAGGAGAACAGACUGUCGGGUAUGCUCGAAGAGGCCGUGAAUUUCCUAGAGACAGAAUAUGGAUCAUCAUCAUCAAAGGAAAACCAAGGUACAGGCUUGGACACACUCUCAGAAACAGUGACAACAGACGGAUCAUCAUCCCCUACACCCCGCAAACGCAAGACCAACAAGUCAAAAGCGAACGGGACGCCGACGACGACGAUGUCAACACCUCAGCAGCUUCGAGGCUGGGAAAUCAUCCUCGUGGACGACGGCUCUACCGACCACACCCUCCUCACGGCGCAGACGUUUUCCCGAAAACACAUCCUCCCUGCCCACCCCCGCCGCGACUCGGGGCCCUGGACGCACCGCAGCCCGCGAGGCGUCACCAUCCCCCCGGGCUCGAUCCGCAUGGUCUCUCUGGUCUCCAACCGGGGCAAGGGCGGUGCGGUCGUUCACGGCAUGCGCCACGCCCGCGGCCAGUACGUCCUCUUCGCCGACGCGGACGGGGCUUCGAAAUUCUCCGACCUCGGCAAACUCGUCUCCUCCAUACGCUCCGUCGAGGACGACUCCGGCCGCGCCGUCGCCGUGGGGAGUCGCGCGCACCUCGUCGGGUCCGAGGCCGUGGUGAAACGCUCCAAGCUGCGCAACUUCCUCAUGCACUCCUUCCACCUCCUGCUCAGGUUCAUGACCCCUCCCGCCACGGCGCGCGUAGCCGACACCCAGUGCGGGUUCAAGCUUUUCUCCCGCGCCAGCCUGCCCUACAUCGUCCCGCACAUGCACAUGGAGGGCUGGAUCUUUGACGUCGAGAUGCUCAUGCUGGCCGAGUUCAGCGGCAUCCCCGUCGUCGAGGUCCCCAUCGGCUGGCGCGAGGUCAUAGGGAGCAAGUUGAACGUGGUACGGGACAGCAUCGGGAUGGCGUGGGGGUUGGCAUUGUUGCGGAUCUGUUGGGGGACAGGUAUCUACAGAAAAGGAGCGUGAUGUGAUUUGCUUUGGGGGUAAUACCUAGGUAGGUAUGCUCGCGUUAUCUAUAUACCAGCUUGUGUACGCGGCGGCAGCGGCCAAUGUCCUUGCUUUUGAAAGAAAAAAGUCCGACUGGUUUUCUAUUCGAACCAAAAAAGCGAAUAAACAUAGAAUUGGGAGCGAUCGAGAUCAUAUUUCUGGAUAUUUGUUUUUUUCCUUUGGUGACAGCGCAAAACAAUGCGCCAUGAUGACUCUUUUUUCGUGAAUGGAAAAAGAAUAGGAUAGACAGGAGGAGGACCCAUAUAGGGCAAUCGGCUGUGCAAGCGCAGCAGCAGGGAAAAAGGCACAUACUAUGUGCACUAUCUGCGUCAGGAGGGGUACUCAGGUACCUUAUAACAGUACCUAGAAAUCCAUGGUCUAACCAGGUGGAAGAUAAGAUUCAAAGUCACUUCACGAAUAA